UGCAUUUUAAGAUGGGCUUUACUAUCAGCAGGUGCCUUAAAUGUGCUUUCAAAGUGACCUGUGUUUUACCUGCCUUUGAAAACCUUUGUGUUCAUUAUUGAAGCUGAACCUACAGUCAGAUUCUUGAAUUAUUGUUUAUUUUUGAUAAAGACAUUGCCAAAAACUCGAUGGAAUUAAAAAGAUUAACGAUAGACAAUGAAGAAGAUUAAACGUCGUAUUCUCGUGGUAAUCACCAUAACUGUAGCCAUUGUUUACGUUUGUAAAUUCUACUUGAAUAAUGAGUUAUUUACUUUGGAAGGAUUAUAUGGCAAUGAGAAAAUACAGAACACACAUUCCAUCCAUCAAACUACUACGUCAAAGACCGCCUCGGUGAAACGAGGAAUAAAACAGGAAGUUAGUAGUUCUCAAAGGCAACAAAAUAUAAGACAAAAAAUAAAUCAGAAAAUGCAUUCUACAGAACACAUUUUUGAUGGAAUCGACGAAAUCGUUGAGGAAGAAUUAAAAUCAAUCAUUGGCAAAGAAGUAGAACCAAAUGUGCAUGUGAUCAGUGAACAUAUUGAACCACAACAACAACCUCUGUUCGAAGGAAACGUGUUGGAAAAAGUAUUAGAAUCGUUUCCAGUUCAAAAAAGGAAUAAAUUUUCCAAAGAUGUCCCAUGUCCUAACCUCAGUCUUGGACGUUCUCGCAAAGAUCUCUCAAGCUCCAAUAUUACUUGUAAACCUCACAUAACUAAAGAUUGUCUACAGGCGAACAAGGCUUACAAGACGAAGGAUAAGCUCAUCAAGUGUAACAACGAAAAACCAGUCAAGGAUCUGUGCGUUUUUCGCGAUACAUGGCGUCCUUCUUCUGAUUCGUUAACUACUGUCCACUGUGACUUGUCACCAUGUGGCAUUAAUCCCGUACAUCUAAUACCAAUAGAUAAUGACUUUGGGAUUCUUUCUUCCAUGGAAAAGUGGUUGGAAUUCAGCACGGCUGGAACACUUGAAAGAUACCUACCCGAUUUUGUUGCUAGGAAGUCAAUCUAUGGACUACAGUUUUGUUUUCUUCGCUGUCGUAAACCAGGAACUCAAAUAUACAUUAAGCAAGUUCUCUCAUUUCCACCGAUACUGGAAAAUACAACGAAACGCUACAAUGACGAAUUGAUCAAUUUUAACUUUAUAAAUCUCAAAUCAGUAUCUCGAGCACAUUUUUAUCGCAGUCUUCCAAAGACUGUUCAAGCAAUGCGUCAUAUUGUCCAAAAUGCCAAUACUGAGGGUGCAACUGUGUUAGAUUUUGAGCUGCUACAAAGCACAACACCUUAUUCGUUCCACAGCUUAAAGGGUUUCAUGUCAGGUAAAUCUGGAUUAGACUACGAUACGAAGCAAGACUACGGUUUUUCCUCAUUAUUUGGUUUAUUAAAAUCAAAAGGUUACUACACCAUGUUGCAAGAUGAUACUUGUUGGUAUGAUGAGUGGGGGUCUAUAUUCACUAACUACGCCUAUCAAAACAAGACUCCAAAUUCUCUCCUUGAAUUUGCGCAGCAAUGGGAUUACUAUAACGAUGUUGUAAGAAGUGCUAAUAUUGAUAACAUGGGAUUAUCAAACACUGCUUGUGAUGUUUUCAAGCAAUACAAAUCUACCAAUCAGCUGAAUGAGCCCACUGUCUGUUUUUCUGGAAGACCAUACGGUGAGGUCUUCCUGGAUUAUACCACACGCUUGUUCAGAGCAAAUCGAGACACAAACAUCAAAAGACCAAUUUUUGCUUUUACAAAUUUGGGCGUGGGGGAUGAAACAUCGGGGACACGUAUUCGGCAAAUGGAUGAUAGUUUCGCACAUUAUGUAAGAACCUUGUCUAAAGAUCAAGAUACUUUGACUGUUAUUUUCUCAGAUCAUGGCCCUAAAUAUACAAAGUACUCAUUUCAUUCGAUGGAAGGCAGAGCAGAAAUGUACGACGCCCUGCUAUUCAUGAUCCUUCCAAAAAACGUUGCAGAGAAACUACAGUAUCACAAAACAAACUCUUUAUUAAAAAACCAGCAACGUUUAGUUACCACAAAAGACUUACAUGACGCGGUAUUGUCUGUCGUGGAUCCGCCAAGGAAAGACGGGACAAUGGGACUCUUCUCUGAAUUACCUUCACAGCGACAUUGUGGAGACCUGGUUAUGAAACCAACUGCGGUGUGCAAGUGCGAAAACUGGUAUCAAACUUACCCGGAUAAUCACGAGCCGUUCACGUGGAUGGCCGAAUUGGGCCUGGGUGAGAUAAACAAUGCUAUACAAGAGGAGUUUAUGAUAGCAAACAAUGACGCUGGAUUUGGGAAAUGCCAACGAUUGGUCGGUGACAGUUUUCGUAAAAUACGAUAUCGGAGGGAGGGAACAAGGCAACUUGUAACUAUGGAUAUUUUUGUUAAACCACAUAGGGAAAUCUUUGAAGUACAGAUUAAGUCUCCCAUAAAACCACGUGGUAAUACACGUGACCAUAUUGAAGUAAGUGCUCUUAGACGAGUGAGUACAUUCGAUGUUUACAAGGGGUGUAAAGACCAAGAAGUACCUUUAGAUCUUUGUAUUUGUAAAACAGGUAGAUAUCAAGCAUCAUGGAGAUGGAUUGAAGUGACAUCCAAGAGAGAUAUGAUACACUUGAUGAGGCAGAGUAAAAGCUUUAAUUCAAAACUUUCUGUCAAAGAUCUCCAUGGAAAUUGUUUAUUACUGUUACUAAGGAAACAUGAUGAUAACAAUGAGGUGUUUGAGAUCGCAAACAUUUGUGCGGAUAGGGUAUAUCACGUUCGUGUGGCUGGAAGAAGCAAAAGCAAAUCAAUCACAUCAAGGAAUUUACCUUUGUCGAAACUAGUACGACCUUUUACAAUGCACUUUCUCUUUAGCGUUUAUCAUCUUAAGAAACCUUAUGGAUUUUAUGUGAAAAUAUCUUAUAAAUGGACAUCUUCUAAUUAAUGAAUCAGUUAAAUGGUAAACUCAAUCAACUGAGAAUAGUCGGAAAGAGAAAACGGAACAAUAAGAAGUAAAAUACUCAUCGUAUAGUCAUUAGAGAAAGAAUUAAUAAAUCUAAUAAACAAGCAAAAACAGUAAAAACAAAAGCAACAACAAACAAACAAACAAAUUUAACAAAAAAGGAAAAAAAUAACAACAACAACAAAAACAAGCACCAAACGCCGGGAGAAAGACAAAAAAAAAAAGUAACGACACUGGGAUUCGAUCCCGUGCCUAAAAACUCGAAAAAGAUAUUGGGACGAUUCCCCCGAGACAUUCUGUGAAGCUGAGGCGUCGAAUCGAUUUACAUUCCGGUUAGAGAU